UUCAUAUUUGGGUGAACUAUCCCUUUAAGGCUGUCCCUUUUCAAUUUUCCCCAAGAGUUGUGACAUCACAUGAUUACUUUUCUUCCUUACAGUACUACACUUCAUUUUCCUGUGAGAAUCCAAGACUCUUGUGAAAGAGAUAAACUUGCUGACCAGAGAUGGACCUGAUAACUGUGCUGGUGAUGAGGGUGGUGGGCAUCCUGCUCGGACUGUCUAUAUGCAUGAUCAGACCUAUAGAACCGAUAGAUAACAAGGAUAUUAUAAGGAAUGACCCCAAAAAAGCUGCCCAGGAUGCACUAGAUGCUAUUGGUUCUAACGCUACGUUGUCUCCUUCUAAAAAGCGAGCGAAAAAGGGCCAGCAUAUCUUUAACAACGGACUCCUUAAGUUUCACGAAAAAGUUCUGGAUGACCUGCAGAAAGACCUGCUCGAAAAUGACUAUAUCAUAAUCCCUGAUGAAGAAAUGAAAGUCCUGAAGCAGCGUCUUGAUAUCCCACUCAACAAGACUGUACGAGAUGCAAUUAGAAACACAACGGUCCGCUUCAGUUCGAAGGAGUUCUAUGUGGAUUAUAAUGCUUUUGUGUAUGGAAAGUAUGUGAAGCAGCUCCGAGGAAAAAUUGUGGAAUUGCUAAAGACUUCUACAGCUAUCGAAUAUGACACAAACGAAACUGAGAAUAUUCGUCAGCGAGUGAAGUUGAUUGCCACUAAGAUGGUGGAACAUGAUGUGUAUGUAGACCCGAUGGCCCGCGAUCACUGGCUGAAAAAGAACAAAAUCAAUCGGCAACAACAGCAACGUCAGCAACUGUAUAAUCAGGUCAGAAAUGAAUUGCAGAAAAUGUUCCAGAACAUCCUGAAGAACUUUCUAGAAGUGGCCAGAAGUAUCCAACACUUUCGCCGGACAAACACCUGGAACAGAACCACUCCUGCCCCCCCCAAAGGCGAUUCUGGAGUCGAUGGGGGCCAUAAGCAAAAAUUCCUAGGGGGCCAUUCCGACCAGUAUUCUGAACUAUAGCUUUAGCUGCUAUUCAAUUCGGUCUCCCCGUUAGUUAGAUUAAAAAAGUAC